GCGGGCGGCGGCGGAGGCCGCGGUAGUCAAGGGGCGUCAGACUCGACCCAGGGUCGGCGAGGCAGGCUGGCAGUCAGGGUAGACGCGCCGCCGCCAUGGGAGGCUUGAAGGACGAGCUGCUCAAGGCCAUCUGGCAUGCCUUCACCGCAUUGGACCUGGACCACAGCGGCAAGGUCUCCAAAUCCCAGCUCAAGGUCCUUUCUCAUAACCUGUGCACGGUGCUGAAGGUUCCACAUGACCCUGUUGCCCUUGAAGAGCACUUCAGGGAUGAUGAUGAGGGGCCAGUCUCCAAUCAGGGCUACAUGCCGUAUUUAAACAAGUUCAUUUUGGAAAAGGUCCAAGACAACUUUGACAAGAUUGAGUUCAAUAGGAUGUGUUGGACCCUCUGUGUCAAAAAAAACCUCACCAAGAACCCCUUGCUUAUUACAGAAGAAGAUGCAUUUAAAGUAUGGGUUAUUUUCAACUUUUUAUCUGAGGACAAGUAUCCAUUAAUUAUUGUGCCAGAAGAGAUUGAAUACCUGCUUAAAAAACUGACAGAAGCCAUGGGAGGAGGUUGGCAACAGGAACAAUUUGAACAUUAUAAAAUCAACUUUGAUGACAGUAAAGAUGGCCUUUCUGUGUGGGAACUGAUUGAGCUUAUUGGAAACGGACAGUUUAGCAAAGGCAUGGAUCGGCAGACGGUGUCCAUGGCAGUUAAUGAAGUCUUUAAUGAGCUUAUAUUAGAUGUGUUGAAACAGGGUUACAUGAUGAAAAAAGGCCAUAGACGGAAAAACUGGACUGAACGCUGGUUUGUACUAAAACCCAACAUAAUUUCUUAUUACGUGAGUGAGGAUCUGAAAGAUAAGAAAGGAGACAUUCUCUUGGAUGAAAACUGCUGUGUGGAGUCCUUGCCUGACAAAGAUGGGAAGAAAUGCCUUUUUCUCAUAAAAUGUUUUGAUAAAACCUUUGAAAUCAGUGCCUCAGAUAAGAAGAAAAAACAGGAGUGGAUUCAGGCCAUUCAUUCUACUAUCCAUCUGUUGAAGUUGGGCAGCCCCCCGCCACAUAAAGAAGCCCGCCAACGUCGGAAAGAACUCCGGAAGAAGCUGCUGGCUGAACAGGAGGAGCUGGAGCGACAGAUGAAAGAGCUCCAGGCUGCCAAUGAAAAUAAGCAGCAGGAGCUGGAGACCGUGAGGAAGAAACUGGAAGAAGCAGCAUCUCGCGCAGCAGAAGAAGAAAAGAAACGCCUUCAGACUCAAGUGGAACUACAGGCGAGGUUCAGCACAGAGCUGGAGCGAGAGAAGCUUAUCAGACAGCAGAUGGAAGAACAGGUUGCCCAGAAGUCCUCUGAACUGGAACAGUAUUUGCAGCGAGUGCGGGAGCUGGAAGACAUGUACCUAAAGCUGCAGGAGGCUCUCGAGGAUGAGAGACAGGCCCGGCAAGAUGAAGAGACUGUGCGGAAACUUCAGGCCAGGUUGCUGGAGGAAGAGUCUUCCAAGAGGGCUGAACUAGAAAAGUGGCACUUGGAGCAGCAGCAGGCCAUUCAGACAACUGAGGCGGAGAAGCAGGAGCUGGAGAAUCAGCGUGUCCUGAAAGAACGGGCCCUUCAGGAAGCCAUGGAACAGCUGGAGCAGCUCGAGCUGGAGCGAAAGCAAGCGUUAGAGCAGUAUGAGGGAGUUAAGAAGAAGCUGGAGAUGGCAACUAGUAAGACCAAGAGCUGGAAGGACAAAGUGGCCCAGCAUGAAGGAUUAAUUCGAUUGAUAGAGCCAGGUUCAAAAAACCCUCACCUGAUCACUAACUGGGGCCCUGCAGCUUUCACCCAGGCAGAACUGGAAGAGAGAGAGAAGAACUGGAAAGAAAAGAAGAACACCGAGUGAAAGCUGGCAGGAGCCCCAUCUGUUGUGCAGAUUCCUGGUGUAGCUAGAAAGCUUGAUGCUAAAGACAAAGGAACUGGCUUUGCUGCUUCUAACCGUUCUUCCUUCAGUGCCUUCUUUCAGGCCAGUAUACUAAGGAAGCCUUCUUAUUUAUCUUCUUGAAAAUAAGGGCUUACCUGGAAAAAAAAAAGUCGACACUAUGAAGCUUUUUAUUUACUCUUUCUUUGAAAACUUCAGGUUCUGAAAAUUCCCUUUAGCAAUCUUAGGUCCUUGUGGGGACGAGGCAGCAUGCAAAUUGUGCCGUGGGUGCCAUUGGCUGCUGAUGCCGAGGGGCGUGGGGGUUUGGGGUCAAGAUCUCUGGGUAUGUUUCCCUCUCCGAGUGCAUCGCCAGUCUGCUUGCCAUGACAUGUGGGUUGCCAUGGAUACUUUUGACCAGAGCGGUCCCUGGCCACUUGGGGAUCUUGCCUCUGCUAGGAGGGUGCAGUCCAUGGAUGCAAUUGUGCAAAAGUUUCUGCUGAAUGCAGUGCUGCUGAGUUACUUCUGGCUCUGGUGGCACUAAGCUCAAGGAGGCAAACACCUUAUAAACAGGCUUUGGCUAAGAUAGAUGCUAAGGAAUCAGCACAGAGAUGAACUGAGUAAAUUAAAUCCCAUUUGGAAUGAUAAUUUGAUACUAACUGAAUUCUUCCUAAUGUUUAAAAAGGUUUUAAGGGUCAAUGUGCUGCCAGAACCUUUGCUUUUACUUUUGUAGUUACUGUACAGAAAAAUUCAGGAGUGUGUGAAAGCUUUUCAUGAUCAGGCCUUUUCUUUAGUAUGGAUAUGAUCAUUUACAGGAAUUAUACAUGAAAAAAGUUUUAAGAAUGUAUUUUUAUGAUGUCCUAUGUUGAGAGGGAACAAAUAUUUAUAAUUCUCAGACAUUCUUACCUAAAUAUUCUUUACCUAAAUGUACAAUGUAAUAUGCUGAACUUUCUUAAUUUUUUGCUAAUUUUCUAAGAUAUAUUAAAAAUGUUUUGUAUGUUUGGGUC